AUGAAUCUUGAGCUGGAAAACAUGUCUGUUGGGGAUUUCAUUGAAAGCAGUAAUUUCAAACUUGGCUGUUAUUUUACAAACUGGGCACAGUAUAGAACUGGGAUUGGUCAUUACAUGCCUGAGAACAUUGAUCCUUUUCUGUGCACCCAUCUGAUAUAUGCUUUUGCCAAAAUCGGUACAGAUCUCAAAAUUGCUACUUUCGAAUGGAAUGAUGAAACUCUUUACAAGACAUUUAAUGAUAUUAAACUGAGGAAUGCCGAGUUAAAGACACUACUGGCAGUUGGAGCAGCGGCGGUUCCUGGAGCAGUCUUCAAUAACUUGGUGUCUACUCAGGCAAAAAGACAAAUAUUCAUCAAUUCUGCAACUGUUUUUUUGAGGAAGUACGGGUUUGACGGUCUUGAUCUGGAUUGGGAGUUUCCAGGUAGAGAAGGAAAUCCACCAGAAAAUAAACAACUUUUCACAGCCUUGAUAACGGAAAUGAAAGCUGCUUUUGCAAAUGAAGCAGGAAGAUCAGGGAAACCUAGAUUAAUGAUUACAGUUGCUGUGGCUGCUGCUAGACGGUGGAUCGAUGCUAGUUAUGAGGUGGAUAAAAUUUCUGAACAUCUGGACUUUAUGAGUGUGAUGUGUUAUGAUUUCGCUGGUGGCUGGAACACUUUCACUGCACACCAUAGCCCGUUGUUUGUUGGAAGCAAAGAUCGUUGGGACUUUCUCUACUACAAUGCAUAUGAAACAGUGACCUACUAUCUAAACAAAGGUGCACCCCGAGAUAAGUUGCUAGUUGGAAUUGCAACUUAUGGACGAAGCUUUAAACUUGCUUCCACAAGUAAUAAUCAGCUUGGGGCUGCGACAGCUGGUGGUGCACCGGCAGCCCCAAUAACAAAAACAACAGGCUUCAUGGCAUAUUAUGAGAUAUGUGAUCUUUUGGAAGGAGGAGAAAGACGUUGGAUUGAAGAUCAGAAGGUUCCAUAUGCAGUCAAGGGAGAUGUAUGGGUGGGCUAUGAUGACAAGGACAGUGUUAUUUCCAAAAUUGAGUGGGUGAGGCAGCAAAAGUUUGCAGGAGCUUUCGUGUGGACAAUUGAUUUUGAUGAUGUAAAAAACCAUUGUAAACAAGGUUCACAUCCUCUGGUACAAACGAUCAGGAGGGAGUUUUUAGGCAUUUCAGCGGACGGCCUACCUGAAGGAAAACUGAAUAGUACGAAUCUUAUGGGCUCUGUGUUGGGGAUUUCAUUUAAAGUGCAUAUAUUACUCGUUGGACUGUUGGUGAACAAAAUCGCAAACUUAAUGCUGCAGAGAUAAAUCAGAAAAAGUGACAUGGCCUAGUUAAAACUUUGGUAUAACCUAUAAAAAAUACUAAAUACUACUUUAUUAAGUUCUAAGGACUAAAAAUUAGGAGAAUGCAAAACAAGCCCAAUGUGAAUAAUUUAAAUUAUAUUUAAGUUUCAGAUUCAUCGAGUCAAACAGGAUGGAACUCGGCUUUUCGGCCCAUCUGCCCAUGCGACCUGGAUGCCCUAUCCAAGGAAGUACUAUUUGUCUGUGCCUCGCCUACAUCCAUCCAAAUCUUUGCUAUCCAUGUACCUGUCCAAUAAUAGACACAAAAAGAUGGAUUAACUCAGCAGGUCAGACAGCAUCUCUGGAGAAAAGGAAUAGGUGAUGUUUUGGAUCUCGCCCCGAAACAUCAGCUAUUUCUUUUCUCCAGAGAUGCUAUGUGACCCGCUGAGUUACUCCAGCUUUUUGUAUCAAUCUUCAGUAUAAACCAGCAUCUGCAGUUCCUUCCUACCUGUCCAAUGAGAAUUCCAUAAACCUACCACCCUUUGUGUGAAAAAUUAGCCCCUCAGGUUCCUAUUGAAUCGUUCUCUCAAGCCUAUGCCCUUUAAUUCUUGAUUCACCUACUUGGGAAAAAGAUUCACCCGAUCUAGUCCACUCAUGAUUGUGUACACCUCUAUAAGAUCACCAACAGUCUUCUGAUAACAAUCUUCACUGUCUAAGAUACCACCUAUUUUGAUGCCAUCUGCAAACUUAGUAAUCAUGCCUUGAACAUUUCCAUCCAAACCUUGAAAUAUAAAAUAAAGACCAUAUAGAAUAUGCCUACCGCUCUGCCCUCAUCAACCUAUGUGAUUAAUUCUUCAAAGAUCUCUACUAAUUUUGUGAAAUAUGAUCUCCCACACACAAAACUAUGCAAACUAUCCCAAAUCAAUCCCUGUUUUUCCAAGUGCAUGUAUAUAUUAAUACUCGGAAUCUUCUCCAGUAACUUUGCUACCAGAUGAUAGGCUAAUCAAGGUUUUUCAUUGUAGCUUUUUCUAAAUAGAGGCACAACAUGAGUCACUCUGCAGUCUUCUGACACCUCACCUACGUCUAUGAUGAUAGAUAUCUCAGCUUGCACUCUAUCUUCCCAGUGCCAUUGGAUAUACCUGAUCAGGCCCAGGAAAAUGAUCUGCCUUCAUACGCCUUUGCUUGUCGUCCACCUCCACACUGUGAUAUGGACUGAUCACAAGACAUCCCAUUAUUUUUCCCAAGUUCUCUUGUCUUCAUGUCUUCCUCUGUGGUUAAAACAUACAAGAAAUGUUCAUUGAGGACAUCGCCCAUCCCCUGCGGCUCUACACGUAGAUGAUCACUUUGUUUGCUGGGAGGCCUUAUUCUCACCCUGUCUACCAUUUUCCCUUAUACUUAUGUAAUCUAUUUCCUUUCUCAAUCUUAUGUGUCAGAGGUUUUGCAUGCCACCUUUUGCCUUUCUUAAAUGUACUCUUCAAUUCCCUAUGCCUCUUUAAGGAUAGACUUGAUGCCAGCUGUCUAUACCUGAGCUAUGCCUCCUUUUUCCUGAACAGUUUAUCUCGUCAUUGAGGCUUUCAUACUCUUAACUGCCUUGCGCUUCGAGAGCAUGCAUACUUAGAACUCUUACUAUAACACCUAAAACCAUCCCACUUUUUAAAAGUGCCUUUGCUCACAAGCAACUUAUUCCAAUUGUCUUUUGCAAGUUCUUGUCCAAUAUCAACCACAUUGGCUUUGCCCCAAUUUCGAAGUUCAGCUUGUGGACUCGCCCUAUCCUUCAUGAACACAAUUGAGGAGAAAGUUUGUUGAUUGGCUUUUUCAUUAAACUAACCAAAGGGUAAUUUGAAUAGUAUUACUGAGAACCACAGUACAAAUGUAUUUGGAAAUUUCCACCUUACUGAACAUUAUCCUAUUUGAAAAAUUCUUAAAUCAGCUAGCAUUUAGAAAAUUCAUAUUCUCUGUAACAAAUAUAUUAGAUAAAUGUGCUCUUAAUAACCUCCAUUUUCCAAUUGACAAUUGCUCCUGAAGUCACUUAUUCCAAGCUACAUCCUUAGGAAUUCUAACCUUGUUCAGCCAUGAAGUCCAAACACCGGGGACAUAGGUUUAAGGUUAAAGGGGAAAGAUUUAAUAGCAGUCUAAGGGGCAACUUUUCCCACCGACAUGGUGGUGCAUAUAUGGAACUAACUGUCAGAGGAUAUAGAUGAGGCAGGGACUUUAAAAACAUGUAAAAUACAUUUGGUCAGGUACAUGGAGGGGAGAGGUUUAGAGGGAUAGGGGCCAAACAUGGGCAGGUGACAAUAAACAAUAGGUGCCAGAGUAGGAGAUUCGGCCCUUCGAGCCACCACCACCAUUCACUGUGAUCAUGGUUGAUCAUGACUAGUGUGGUUGGUCAGCAUGGGCAAAUUGGUUCAAAGGGCCCGUUUCCGUGCUGUAUGAGCCUUUGACAAACUUAAGCCAAAAUGUACUUUUAAAUAUAUAUUGGCAGGAUUUUUCAUGUAAUAACUUCAAUGUUUUAUUAUUCAUUGAUGCUGUGUUUUUAAAAAACAAUUGUGGGUAAUUAUAUUAUACUGCCUUGAUAAGGAAAUGUUCUCCAUUUUACAUAACUUAUAUUUUGUAGUCUGGUACGUUAUUUUAAAAAAAUAUUCUG